AUGCCGACCAGCACUGGAGCAAUGCGCGGCGAAAAGCAGGCGGCACCUGUGCCAGAGCAAGCUGCAGAGCAUGCCCAAACACAAUUGCUUGCCCUCCUACGCCACAAUCUCGCUAUGAUCAGGCGCAGUGUUGCCCAUGUGGAGCAGCGCUACACGGCGCGUGUACUUCGCUCUCUUCCGUACGUGCGCCGCGAGCUGAAGGUGUACGGCGACGUGCUCGCUCUUGUAGUGUCCGAGACGCUGCCUGAUCAGGGUGCGCACACCGCGCUUCUCAAUCUUAUGCCGCCCCCGUAUCUGCCCAAAACCGAGGCGGCGGUGAUGGACGAAGACAUGCCGCAGGAGCCUGCCAAGACAGAAGACGUGCCGCGACGCGCGGAAGCCACACAAGUAAUGCAAGCCUUGCCCGAGACCAUGCCAGAGAUCACUGCCUACCUGUCUCUUCUUGUGACUGUCUACUUACUGGACCAAGGCAGCGCCGAAAAGGCCAAGGCGCUGUGCGAGCAAGCCAUGGACAAUGCCGUGCGUGCAAACAGGCGUUCGCUCGACCUGCUUGUCGCCAAACUCGCCUUCUUUCUCGGUAGAUGCUACGAAGUGUGCCAGGGCGGCCUUGUGCCGCUGCGCGACUCGUUGCUUGCGCUGCUGCGCACUGCCUCGUUGCGUCACGAUAGCGAGACGAACGCAACAGUGCAAAAUCUGCUCUUGCGCUUCUACAUUGUCGAGAGCAAUUUGUACGACCAGGCCGAAAAAUUUGUUUCCCGUGCGCCGUUUCCUCGCGCCAAGGCGUCGAAUGCGCAAGUGGCGCGCUACGACUACUAUGUGGGUCGCAUCCGUGCACUCCAGCUAAACUACUCGGACGCACGUGCGCAUUUCCAGCAAGCUAUUCGCCGUGCGCCCCAGCAAGGUCUUCUUGCUGAUGCUCUGGCUGCCAAAGAACCGAAUACCAACCCACUCGCCGCGGGCUUUUUGCAGACCGCGUACAAAUUUUUGAUCAUCGUCGAGCUGCUCAUGGGCGACUUGCCCGAGCGCUCCGUAUUCCGUAUUCCCCUUUUGCGCCGCGCGCUUGCGGUCUACCUGCCGAUUGUCCAGGCGGUGCGUGCUGGUAACCUCGCGCUUUUCCAAGAGACGCUGCAAAAGCAUCAGGAGCUCUUCCAGCGCGACAAGACCUACUCGCUUAUUCUGCGCCUGCGCCACAAUGUCAUCAAAACGGGUAUCCGGCGCAUUUCCCUUGCAUACUCGCGCAUCUCUCUCGCAGACAUCACACGCAAACUUCGGCUUGAGUCGGAGGAGGACGCCGAGUAUGUGAUUGCGAAAGCUAUUCGCGAUGGAGUCAUUGAUGCAAUGGUCGAGCACGAUAGUGCAAUCAUGGUCUCUAACGAGGCUGCUGAUGUCUACGCGACGAACGAGCCACAGGCGCAGCUGCAGCAGCGCAUCAACUUUUGCAUGCAGCUGCACAAUGACAGUGUCAAGGCAAUGCGCUACUCGCUCGAGAGUCACCGCGCUGAAUUGGCGUCUGCGACUGCGGCACUGGAGCGUGAGCGUGAGCUUGCGAACGAGAUCGUAGAUGGCGACAUGGACGAGUCCGACGAAGAAUGGCCGUAG